AGUGACGGGGGGCGGGGUGACGCUUUGUUCCCUCACAGCCCGGGCCGGUCGGUGUGCGGGAGGUCGCGCUCGCUCGGGCCGUGUUGUUGUGCGCGCGCGGGCGGAGCCAGGCAGCCUCCCUGACGGGCCAUGAAGAGCCCGGGGCCCCCGGAGCCGUGACGGGCGGAGCUCCCUGGAUGGCGGCCAUGGCCCCGGCCCUCACCGAAGCAGGAGAAGCCCAGCCCGGCCUCAAACCCUCGGUGACCCGGCCCAAGCCGCCCGAGCUCAACGGAACCCACCGCGGGGCCCCCCCACCGCUCCCCCGCAGGAACGGCCGGCUCCCCAACAUGGCGGCGGCUGCCCGGCUCCCCCCCGGGGGCCCCAGCAUGGCGGCGGAGGGCCGGCAGGCAGAGCUGGGAGCCCGGGCCCGCACGCUGUGUCGGCGGCUGCAGGUGAUCCAGGCCAAGCAGGUGGAGCGACAUGUCCGGCAGCAGCUGGCCGGCCUGGUGGGGCUCCUGGCGGGCAGGGGGGCGGGCGGGCUGGCCGGGGCCGAGCUCCAGCGGGUGGCGGGCAGCUCCUCGGCCAGGCUGCGGGCGGCUCAGGGAGCCUUUGACUCGGACGCCACAGAGAGCAGCUCGGGGGGAGACAGCGAGAACGAGGAGACCGAGAGCGGGGAGAGCGGGGGAGACAGCCUGGAGGAAGCCGCACAUCGGCCGGGACACGGGUGUAAUCGACGUGCAGAGUGGAGGUGGGCCGUAGAAAGGGCAGCUAUUAUCUGUCGCUGGACUUGGUUACAAGCUCAGGUAUCUGACCUGGAAUUCCGGAUAAGGCAGCAGACAGAGAUCUACAAGCAAAUCCGCUGUACCAAGGGUAGUGUUGUUCUUGGAGACUCGUCACAAUCUGAGGACAUGCCAGCUAGACAUUUAGUUGGAAAUGCUAAAGGCUGCAGUCGUGUGCCACUCUCUGCAGUUGAAAGGCCGUGUGAUUCAUCGUCCCCUAUCCCUGUGCUGCACUACACAGACAAACAGUGUUCCCGCCUUACACACUCUGUUGAAAAUGUUUUGUGUCAAAAUCCAUCCACCACACCUGUGUCUGAAUCCCAAGGAUCCCAAAAACCAUCUCGUCAGGUCAAUGGACUCGUAAAUUGUGUGCGUUCUAAUGUGUCAUGUAACGGCUCUGUGGAAGAUUUUGACUUGGAGGUGUCAUCGGGUAAGAAGCGACGUCCAGAUGUCCUUUCUCCAUCAGUGCUUAUAGAAUCCACCUGUGUGGCAGCAAGAACACGACCCCUUCGUGGACACAAAAAGCGCAGGCUGGUCAGGACGAGCUCCGUAUCCUCCCUUAGUAGAAAGCCUCCAAAGCCUUUGUCGAUGAAGUGUAGCUGUGAACUUCCCGUUACAUGUAUCCUGUGUGGCUGCAAGACAUGCGCAUGGAGCACGCCCAUCCCCACCGUGACUGUAAAUGAGCGGAUAGCACUAAUGGACCCGGGCUAUCACCCUAUCCUCUCCUUCCCCUACGACACCUCCCUUAACUUGCACUUUGAAGCAUUACUGAAAGAGGACAGACUGUUCCGGCUCAGUAACAAGCUCAAGGCUUUAAAGCUUUCUCAGCUCAGCAAGAAGCCCCUGGACAGACUGAGAAAAGGCUACCAGAGCCCCGCGUCAGACUUUGCAGGCAGUUAUGCACACGGUAAAAGUGACCAAGAGAAGUUAUGUCAGUAUCGUUUGGAGAACUGGCAGCGAAACGCUCGAUUAGUAUCUGACCUGGUGACAGAUCGAGUCAGGUCCCAGCUGCGGAAAACGCCUCAGUCAGCAACACACCCAGGAUCUCUGUUCAGAGAUGACAGACAAUAUAAAGACAUCUCGAGUCCCAGCCUACAUGUGUCCUCCCCCAUUACUUCAAGACCAAGCUAUGUAUCCCACCAGUUUUCAUCUCUCACCGAAACCCCCACAGCCUCAUCUGGCUGCCAGCAAACCAGCAACACUGCGAACCUCAAGAGAAAAAGAUUAGAGAAUUCAUAUGACAUCAAUAACAUUGUGAUUCCCAUGUCUAUGGCAGCUGCAUCUCGAGUCGAGAAAAUCCAGUAUAAGGAAAUCCUCACCCCCAGCUGGCGUGUCCUGGAUUCCACAGAAAGGGAUACAGUGUUGGGAAUCGAUCCUGAGCUGGAAGAUUUGUCAGACGAGGUCUAUCUAAAUCGUCACAGUGCUUAUGAAGAGCUGGAACGGUCACGAUGGGAUUCCUGGGCAUCAUCCACUCCUCAGAGGCGAGGGAGCAGGUCCUCCAACAAAUCCGAUGGGCGCUGGACUCCACAACCCCCUUCCAGUGGCCUGGGAUCUCUCCAGCCAGCUUCUCCAGAUGUUGGAUUUCAAUGCCUUAAUGAUGUCCCGCUUACCCUGUCAUCUGCACCUGACAGCCCAGAGCCUUACACCAAUGUCCAAUGCCUCUCUGUUAAGAGCCGGACAAGAGUUCUCUCCUGGAGCGAGGAUACUAGGUCGUCCACCCCAGAAGCUCCAGAUGAGGAGGAGCAGGCUGUCCUGCCAUGGGAGCAUCGAAAUUUUCCCCUCUCGGACAGAGAUCUACGAGCUCUGCAGAACUUGCCUGUAACUCCCAGCAGAAGCAGAAACAAGCAGUCCCAUGAUGUCAUGUGGCACCCUAGCACACGAACUGAGAGCUUAGACUUUGGCAUGUCAACAGAAAACCUUGCCCCUUCCUCCAAAGAGCCUUCCUUGCCCAAUAGCAUUUCAGUAGUUCGUUUCCAUGCCCAAAGUGGUGAAAAAAUUGCAAGCCUGGAAUACUUUCCAGCCAGGCCGAUAAACAAGAGAUGAAAGGUCCUCCUUUCACUAGAUGUGUAUGAACACAAUCCCACAUACGUUAUUGCAGUAUCAAGCGCUUGGCUGACUUGCAGGCCCAAAUGGAGCAGUAGAUUGCACAGUAAAUCAGGGCUUCCUGGGCUCAGCAGCACGCGACGAUAAAGGCCUGAUAAGAGGUCUAAAGCACCAAGCGAACUGCUACGUGCUGGACCUCACACUCAAUACGGACCAUGGCGUGGUCACCAGAUAACAUCUGACAGAAGACCCCUUCCUUUCCAUUGGCUUCCUAAGAGUGAUGCGGGCAGAAUAGGUACAUGGAGCAGGCGCAAGCAUCAAGAUGAGAGGCGAGAGAUUUGGAAAACUGAGAAGAAUUCUAAAUAAAAAUGAGUCAGUCUAGGGUGGAGGAUAAAUCUAUAUAUAUAUAUAUAUAUAUGUGUAGAAAUCAGGUUCAACCCCCUCACUGCCAAAGGAAUCUGCAAUUGUGGCAGAGGUUUAAGAACACUGUUCAGGCUUCUGUUGAAGCAUUUUCCCAUCACUAGUUCUUUGCUUCAAUACUACUAUUCAUCACUGUGCUUUGGUUUCAGAGAGAAACAGGCGUCCAAGUCUAUGUAGUAAUCCACAGAACCUGGCGUUGUCACUCCCGGUGGCAAAUAACAAACAUCUGCGUAGAAUUGUGAUGCACAUUCAUGCCAACACUAUGUGAUGCAAGAACACAUAAUUUACAAGCAGAUCAAUUUCCUAUACCAAACUCCCUUUCCCUAAACAAAAUUGUGUAAUUAUUUAAUAAAUGGGAAAAAGUGACUCCUCUGUCUGAGAAUAGCCUGAUGUAUAUGGAUUUAUGGAAUUAGAUUAAAGUAAUAGAUUCUGUUAGAUAA